AGGAAGCUCGUUGGUCACAUAUAAGAGCGAGCCAUAAAACCGAUUGGAUAAAAUGUCAAAUACGCCUUCCCACCAGUGAUUAGCACAUGUCAUUGGCUGUAUACGUUCUACGUUUUCCCGUCCUCCAGCAGAGUCGCAAGCUUGUCUGUUUUUAGAAGAGAAGGGUUUUAUGAUAGUAAACGUAACGUUUUACCACUGAAUUGAUUUACUAACUCUCACUUUCACAAUUGCGAUGGUAAAUGGAAAACAGAGCAACUGAGAUGUCCAACAUCGUGCAGAAAUCGUUCACAUUCGAAGAAUACGAAGACCCGAAGCAAUCACUGAAUGUUUCCAUCCCUGAGGUCCUUGACCCACAAUAUGGGAUGCAUGUAUGGCCCUGUGCAGUGGUAUUAGCACAAUAUGUGUGGACACACAGGGAAGAGCUGAUGCACAAAACAGUGCUAGAGCUUGGGGCUGGCGUGAGCUUACCUGGUGUGGUGGCAGCAAAGUGUGGGGCACAAGUGAUCUUGUCAGACAGUGCAGAACUUCCACUGUGUCUGGAGAACUGUAGGCGCACCUGUGAAGUGAAUGAACUGCCCAAUGUGCUUGUGGUGGGUAUUACCUGGGGAGAAGUCUCCCCAGACAUUCUGCUCCUCCCUCCAUUAGACAUCAUCUUGGGAUCAGACGUUUUCUAUGAGCCUCAAGAUUUUGAAAAUGUCCUGGUGACCAUCUCCUUCCUCUUGAGAAAAAACCCUGAGGCCCAAUUUUGGACAACUUACCAAGAGAGAAGCACCGACUGGUCCAUAGAGGCAUUGCUGCACAAAUGGAACUUGAAGUGUCUCAACAUUCCACUGGAGAAAUUCCAUGCCAACAAAGAUCAACUAGCUGGGUCAACACUUCCUGGAAGCCAUACCGUACAAAUGAUUAUAACUGAGGACAAGGAAAGCUGAAUGAAAGACUUGUCAAUUUAUCCUUCAGUUACUACCAGCAAGGCACAGUCAAAGUCAAAUAGUCAAGACGCAAUACAAGAUCAAUGGUUCAAAACUCAAUGAAUUAUAAAAUAGUUUAAGUUGUAGUGUUCUGUUAAAGUUUUAAAAUAAAAUGAUAACCCAAAUGUUUUUGAAGACAAUUUUUAUUAGCUUUCACAUUGGACACCUAUACAGACUCUUGCAAGGGGGAAAAGGAAUGCACAAAGGGCAAGACAGAAUGCAUUAAACAAAAUUAGCACACCAUAAUUAGUGCUCUGAAUAAGAGAACAUUUAAACUUGUUGAAAGACAGGCAUUCUACCGAUGGUGAAUUUGUAGCAAUCAUUUAAGUUGGCCACCAUCACAGCAUUGUAGCCACAGGGGCAUUCCGGAGAACACUGGAAACAGCCAAGCACUGCAA